AUGGCAGCCCCAACUCAUGAGGCUACAGCUGUUGAUAUUCUUAAUAUCAUUGCUAGCUAUGGCGUCCACUGCGAAAGGGAGCCCGGAUCAUGGGAUGCCUUCGAUGUGUACCUGCCGACGGUGACAAAGCAGGUCGCCGCCGGCAUCCCUGUUCGCAUACUUCUUCCCGCGUUUCCAUUCAAGCAGGACUCUGACAGCGUGGUCCUCGGGCCUCUGCCUGACUUGGGAGAAGAGCUUGCGCUUGCACGCCUGCAAGGCCUUUGCGACGACAUUUCAACCGUCUACGAAACUGGCGCGGAAGUGCUCAUCUGCUCAGAUGGCUUGGUUUAUCAUGACCUUAUGGGCGUUUCCGUGGAUGCUGCCUGGGAGUUUGGCGAAGCCCUGAGGGCCAUGGCUACGAGAAUUGAAGCUCACAGUAUCAAGUUCAUCCGCCUCUGGGACUUGCUUGAUCACCCUAGCCGCCACCUCCAUCAAGAGAGCCCAGAGAAGGCCAAGGCUUAUUACCUGGAGCACGGCGCGUGCAUUCGCCGAGAGCUUCUCUACCGCUUUAGUGAUGUAGACUUUGAUGCGACGGUGGCCUUAGCGACAGACAAGGCCUGGGCGACUACUCACGCCUCCUACGUCGGCGUCCUCUCUAAGAAGGCCACGGAGAAUCCAGACAACAUCGCUAAGCAGAUGAUGGUGCGCGGAAAGGCGUAUGCUAGAGGAUUGAAUGCCGUGCUUCCCGACUACUUGCGCUUAUCUAUCCACGACUCAGCCGGCAAGGAUAAGCUCUCCCUGGCAAUGGUCCCUCCCCCUCACGAAAGGGCAUCUGUGGGACUGAUGCCGUGGCGCUCCGUUGUCGCCAUUGACUCCGAUGGAUCAUACCGCACCGUCUUCCCCGAUCAAAUCAAGGAUACACACGAACUCAUCUAUCGAAAUGGGCAGCCGUACUUCUUCCGUGAAAAAUCAGAGCUAUUCGACUGGAGCAGUUCAGGCAUUGAAGUUACUUUUGAACCCCUUUAUCCUUGCGGCACCAUCAUCCGCCCUGUCGAAGGCUCGCCUUCAGUGCGCCAGAUACCCAUGCAGAAGGUCCGACAGCUCGCAACCAAUUUCUCGCCAGUUAUUCUGCGUGGAUUUGGCGAAACCCUCGAUGAGGAGGUAUGGCUCAAUAAGGGCCAUGAACUGGGUAAGCCUGUGACAGACCCUGCACUACACAAUCCACCAGGCUACCAGUACUCCGCCUACUUGGCCACAGCGCGCAAGGGAGGCGACUACAGUCUUUUCUGCAAUUCGAGACUGUUCUUCCGCUAUCUACCUUUGUCGUGGCCUCUCGAGAAGCUGGAACCUAUCACCUGGAAAGUAACCAGCGACAGUUCCCCGUCAAGUGCAAAUAAAGGUCUUCCCCUCGUGGUGCGCCACCCCGUCACCAAUGCGCCUUGUCUACGAUGGCGCUCUUUCAAUAACGAUACUACUCAUCGAGUACAAAUCGAGAACGAGGAGCAAACUCUUGUGAAUAUCGUGGAGAAAUUAGCACGCGACCCUCGUACGUGUUUGCGCUUCACAUGGGAGAAGGGUGACCUUCUCGUAAAUGACAAUAUAUCUACACCGCAUGUCCGCACAUCAAACGCCGAAACAGAGAUUCGGCUCAUGUACUUGAACUAA